AUGGAUGUAAGUAUUUUCGUGUGCCAAUUUGAUGUUAUGAAAUGUCGACAUAUGAAUGUGCAGAAUUCUCACUUUUGCAGUCCCAACAUUUCAGGUAUGAGUCAUGAUUUCAGAUUCAUCGUGUCGCAUGGAGGAAACUUCGUUCACUCAGAUGAUGAAUGGAAGUGGAGAGGGGACAAAACCACUUCCAUUUUAGUGUCGAGAAGUAUUACCGUAGCAGAACUUGUGUUACGAUUAAAGGAGAAACUUGGUAUCGUUGAAUCCCGCAAUGUAAUCGAAUUGAAGUUCAAAGUCCCGAACUUGAAUCUACCUCCGGCAGAGAUACGCGACGAUGAGGAUCUACAGUGGUACAUAUCUGUUCACAAGGAAACUGCACUAUGCAUGACAUAUUUGGUAUCCGAGCUCCCGAUUGUUGGUAUGGCAACAGAUGCAAAUUGUGAAGGGAACUUGUUCGGCCCAACGGAAUGUCCACUGAAUGUACAACAUGACGAGAUGAAUCAUCAGCACAGUGUGUCGCAAACCGAACCACCUGAACCUCCAAUUGAGCGUAUAGAGGCUGCAGCAUCCGUCGAACACUUAGAGAACCCAUUACAUGGUACAGAUCGUGCUAUUAUUGCUGAAAUAGACGAGACAAUGUCAUCAAAUUCCAGACGUUCGUGCACAGAUGAGUGGAUUACAGCUGCAAAUACAUCGGUUCUCGUCGAGAAGCAAAUAUUCUUUACCAAGAAACAGUUGUACUCGAAGCUUCAUGUACUUGCUUUGCAAGAGAAGUUCCAAUUUCGGUGGAUGCUACGUGCUUCUACUAUCAAGCAAUCUGCAAUCUUCAUGAUCCGUAAGUUCGUUGCAGUUCACACAUGUUCCCUUGAUUUUCGUCGUAACGCACAUCGGCAUGCCACUAGUGCUGUAAUUGCGGAGCACAUUUUGGGAAAAUUGGAUACUCCAUAUAGAUCAUAUCCGCCUACUCAUAUUGCACGUGAUAUGGAACAUGAGUUUGGUGUGAAAAUCAGUUAUAACAAAGCACGUAGGGGGAAGCUCCAUGCCUUAAAUAUGCUACAUGGUACACCAAGGGACAGUUUUCAGAAAUUAUCUUCGUACUGUCACGUCGUAGGAGAAAGUAACCCGGGGACCGUUACCCACAUCGAAGUUGAUUCUUGUAAUAGGUUUUGUUACUUCUUCGUAGCUUUUGGUGCAAGCAUUCGUGGAUACAUGCAGUACUUGAGACCCGUUAUUUGUGUUGAUGGCAGUCACUUGAAAGGUUCAUACAAAGGUACACUCCUAGUGGCAACUGCCCAAGAUGGUAACAAACAGAUUUAUCCGUUGGCAUGGGGGAUCGUGGAUGCUGAAACCAAUAAAUCGUGGAAGUGGUUUUUGUCGAACUUGAAAGACCUUAUAGGGGAUUCCAAAGAACUCGUGUUCGUUUCAAACAGGAAAAAGAGUAUUCAGAAAGCUAUUUCUCAGUUGUUUCCGUCGUCUCGGCAUGGUUGUUGUAUAUGGCAUAUGGAAAAGAGCCUAAUACAGCGGUAUAACAACGCAAGCCUAUUAUUUCUAUUCAAACAAGCUGCUGCAACUUUUCGGGUCGAGGACUUCGAACGACUCAUGGGACAGAUUCAUAGAGUGAGGGAAAGAGCGCACGGGUACUUAGAGCGAGCGGGAUAUUCAUUUUGGUCCAGAGCACUAUUUAUUGGACACCGUUACAAUAUUAUGACAAACAACAAUGCAGAGUCGUUGAACUCGAUGUUGAGACAAGCCCGGUCGUUACCGAUAACCUGCUUGGUUGAACACAUUCGGAGUACUAUGCAGAAGUGGUUUUACGAACGUCGAGCAAAUGCGGAAGAAUGCAGUACCUUAUUGACACCAAGGAUGAAGAACGAGCUACGGACGACUUUCGAAAAUGGAACUAGGCUUCGAGCCCAUGUCCUGACAAACAACUUGACGCAGGUUGGAAUAUCCAACGACACGGACAUAGUUAACUUGUCCGAAGAAACCUGCACAUGUCGUAAGUUCCAACUAAACCGCAUGCCAUGUGUUCAUGCAAGUCGUGCUGCUCGCUUUAGAGGGAAGACGUUGUACGAGCUUUGCUCCCGUUAUUAUUUAUUGGACUACUGGAAGGGUGCCUACAGCGAAACUAUAUAUCCUGUUCCGAGGAGAGUGGAUUGGGUUGUUCCGAGCUUAAUUACAUGUACUCCUAUUUUCCCACCACUCGUACGUCGUCCUCCAGGUAGACCACCAACCCGCCGUACGCGUUCUAAGUAUGAGUAUGCAUGGUCUACCAGAAAAUGUACCCGCUGUGGUAGAGUUGGUCAUAAUCGGACCACGUGUUCAAACCCCCGUGUAUCACAUGCUUCUUAA